CAGCUCGCUCAUGUUUUCGAAAAAGAUUUUUGACCCAGCUUCGAUCCGCCUUCAGAGACCUUUUCGAAUCCCUUAUUCCUGUCCUAUGAGGGAUUCAAAAUGACCGACACAUAACUCUUCCGGAAACAUCCAAAUGGUUUGUUCCCACCAAUGGUGUGAGCCCGAGAACUCCUUUUCAAAUGGAGGAGUUUCCUCACCAUGGAGAGAGAUUGGGACUUCGCUGGACUUUGAUCCAGCCAAGAAAAUCUAUAUCGAAAGUGCGAUGUGGUCAAAAUGAGAACAAAAUUGACGCCGCUACUAUGGCGUGGUGGUGGCAGCGAGGGACUCCUCAAAACAUUGUACAGAAAUUCCAUGAGGAGAAGACCAAACGCUGCGCGACCAGAUUGCGACAGUUGUGCAGGAGCAUGAGCACAUCUCUGGCUAUCAUACUGCCUAUGCAAAAUCGGCCAGCGAAAACAUUUCAGAUCCCUCGGUCUCGCUCGCGAGCCAAGGGGAUCAAAAUAUUACCCUGUAGAGGCAGUAUGGCCUGCGGGGAGUGUUCCUCGCGAAAUGAAUGCAGACAGCGAUCAUACGAAAUUGAUCAGCAAAAACAUUUCAGAUCCCUCGGUCUCGCUCGCGAGCUAAGGGAUCAAAAGAUACCAGGCUUCCAUACCAUGUGAGAAGAGAACUUUCUAAAUCACUGCCAACCGAGAUCACAAUUGGAAUCCCCAGGCUGAUGAUGGUGAAGCUGAACGACUAUGACGUUCAGCAUACGGAGUGCUCGGUCCAAUCUUUACUGCAACUUUGAUAUGAGUUGAGGAACAAAAUCUACGGACCACAUUCGCCUCAAUGAUGAGGCUGAUGGAAACAAUGUUCCCGAACCUGAGCGAUUCCAAAAGCACCAGUUCGCUCGUUUGCCCCAGCGACUUGAAAUUCUCAACACCAA